CGCGCCUUCACAUAUUGUCUGCAGACGAUGGUCUACGGCGGGGCUGUCCGUGUAUACAAUUUCUAUAAUGUCUAUAAUGUCUCUCAGUCAAUAUACCCGAGCGUUACUCUGUCUGGGGUCAUCUUGGACAACAAAGGAAUUUAAAUAAUCUCAAGGAGGAGGGAAGACAAGAAAAGCAGGUACGAGAGAGAGAGCCUCGGUCACUUCAUCGAAGGACGGCGACCAUCACGUUACCCGAUGGCCGGAAAGUCUGACACCAUCGGCUCCAUGGACAUGUUUAUUCUGCGGCCCGAUCCCACGGGGUAUUCGGGUUUAGAGGAUCAGCUGAGAAAGGUUCUGAGAACGUCGGUCUUGAGACCAGCUGGACUCUCCAAAGGUGGACUCAUCAGUCACUGUCAGAGCUUCGACACGGACCGAGGACGGGUGUUUGUGAAAACACACGCGGGGCCGCAGGCGGCGACGAUGUUCAGUGGAGAGGUGGCAAGUUUGAAGGCUAUCAGAGAAACUGGCGCGAUACGCGUCCCCGAGCCCAUUACCAUGACAGAGCUGCCAACGGGGGGCGCAAUCCUCAUCAUGAGACAUCUUCAGAUGCAAAAUAUAAGUAGGUUUGCCGGGGCUCUGGGGGAUCAGCUGGCCGAUUUGCACCUUCACAACCUGACAAUGCUGAAGAAGGACCAGAAGCAGAGGGGUAAAAUCGGCCGGUGUCCUGCAGAUGCCCGGGGUGUGGACAGGUUUGGGUUUCAUACUGUGACGUGUUGUGGGUACAUCCCGCAGGUAAACGAAUGGCAAGAAGAUUGGGUGACCUUCUUCACGGCGCAGCGUCUCCAACCGCAGGUCAGCUUAAUCGAGAAGGACUACGGGGAUCGGACCCUCCGGGGCCUCUGGUCUGAGCUCCAGUUAAAGGUGCAGAACGCCUUCAAGGACACGGCGAUCGUCCCGUCUCUCCUGCACGGGGACUUCUGGGAAGGGAACGUUGCUGAAGACGACGCGGGUCCGCUUCUCUUUGACCCGGGAUGUUUCUACGGCCAUUCGGAGUAUGAGCUGUCCGUAGGAGACAUGUUCGGGGUUCACUGCUCGGAAUUUUAUUCCGCCUACCACCGGAAAAUCCCCAGAGCGCCCGGCUUUGGAACCCGCCAUCGGCUCUAUCAGCUCUUCCACUGCUUUAACAACUGGAACCACUUUGGGCCGGAGUUCAGGGAGAGCACCGUGACCCACAUGAGAAGCCUCCUGGACGUUCUGUGAAGGAAAGCAGACCCUGAAAUGUGCCUAUUCAGCGUUUUAAGAGUUAAUGGUAUUGCUGUUAUUCCGCCGCUCAGGGAUUAUACCCGGGGAUGCGCUGACUGCCCUGUCCCCGGAAUCUCGGACGGACGUACUUUCAGCGGGGAUCAUGGAAAAUAAAAUAAGAACGAUGUGAGCGGCAUUAACGGGGUCCGCGGGGUGUGAAGAACGUGCUAAUAAACCCGU